AUGUCGGCCUCCACGAGUAAACCUGGGUUGGAAAUGCCCGCGUUUUCCUACGCCCAAGCUGCGAAGGGGUUUCCUACGCCACCUACCGUGCAGAACGCUGCUGAGAAGCAAAAUAAGGCAGGAACCACAUCGUCAGAUCCGAGUGGCCAGAGGACAACUGCUGGGUCGGUAGAUGGGGAUGGGUCAAAUCGAACUGUGGCCUCCUCAACGGACAUGGAGUCUUCAUCUAUUGCUACAGACCAUACUGAUGCUACGGACAAAUCGCAAACGUUUUCUGAGCGUAACUCAGAUUCGACUGUUAUAGCGCCUGUCGCUAGUCAGCCUUCUAAGAAUGCAGCUUCUGGAAUUUCGUCUCCCAGUGCGAGAACCGCGUCCACCUCAACGUUUCCUAAAGAUGAUGAAAUCUCGGGCACCCUGAAUGGCUCAUCUGAUUCUGCCUGGGACAAGCAGUCACAAUCUUCUGGAGCUGUCGAAAAGUCGAGUGAAACUGCAACUGCGGAUUCGAGCAAGGCAACAUCGAAGGAAAAUGGAUGGGAAAAGCAUACUACGGCUGUGAAAGAAUUAAGGGCAGCUCCUAUUCCUACAGUCAAUGUCUGGCAACAGAGGAGAGAAGCGCAAGAGGCCAAGGCCAAAGCAAGCGCCGCAUUAAAGUGUCCCAUCACUCCGCCUUUGGCCAAGCCUGCCGCGGCGAAAUCCUCGCCUCUUGGUGAGAAUCGUUUGGAGAAUUUAAAGGGUGGAUCUCGAAGAAGGGCGAGCGGCAUUCCUGAAACUGCAUCAGAUGCUGCUGGAUCAAGGAAAAAGCCAAAUGACGGCGGUAAGGGAAAGGAAGAAGGUAAGGAUCAACAAGCUUCAACCCCUAUGUUGUCUUCGUCUGACACUUCACCCCGCAUAGGCUCCAGAAAAACUGGCGUGCGAUCAAGUAAACCAACAGAUAUUGACAAUGAAAAAGCAGUGGAGACCCUCUCACCUGUAGCAGAUGCGUCCUCGUGGCCUACCCCGCAGCUCGCACAAGGCGAAGAAUUCCGCAAGGCCCACGAAAAGAUCGACAAGACUGAGAAAUCUGAGAAGGAAAAGACCCCUACAGCUGGAUCCCGUGGGAAAGAGAAGUGGAUGCCGGUUCCAUAUGUCCCUUCAGCCGUCUUCAAUACUCCCCUUCCCCCUGCUGCACGAAGAGGUGGAAGACCCGCAAGAGGUGGAAGGGAACCGGGCAUCCGUGGCGGAGCCAAUACUUCUAACCCUGUAUCUGGUGGAGAUCGACCCGCGCCUACAUCUGGUGCCAUUGCUGGCGGAUCCAAACAUCCUGGCCAAACUGAUAGGGGCCGUAGUGAUCCUCGUAUUGUCUCUGACACGUCUGGCUCCCCUCAAAACACAAGAUCGGGCAGCGCAAAUGCAACUGCACCCUUGGAGGAUAAAAAAACCUUACAAACCAUUUUGCCUGAUCUAACUGGUAAUGAUGCGAAAAAUGCAAAGGGUGGUGAGGAGCCCCAGUCAACUGCUGGCAGGGAAACUCAAAAUUCCCUUUAUUCCUCGGUCGAUACAGCUCCACGGCAACGACAAAAUUCUAAGAAUUUUGGUAGGGCACAAGACUUUGCCAAUGUGUCAUCUCAUCGGGGCUCUGAGCAUCCUGGGAGACUUUCUGUUCAGGGAGAUUCUCACGCUGGCCCACGGUUUAGCUCAAGCCAUGAGCGGCGUUUUGAUAGUGGUCCUAGAUCUGCAGAUUUUUUUAAGGAAGUUCCUCCUUUCCACCCGAGAGAUCGAGAUUACACACCUCGGGAACGUGGCGAAUACCAUCGCGAGCGUGAAUAUGGUAGGGAGCGUGGUGAAUCUCGGCACGAGAGAGGACGUGGAGGAUUUAGGGGACGAGGUGGACACUCAAGUUAUGGCGGAGCUCAUAAUUCGCAAUAUCAUAGUGCCCCAAUUCCGCAAUCCCAGUUCCAGUCUUCAAAGCCAUUCUCGCUUAACGAACGCAACCGACAUCACCAGCAGGGAUCUCAAAAUGGCUCACAGCAGCAUGGCUCGAAUCGGGGUCUUAGUAUGAGAUCACCGUCUCUGCCAUCGUCAGGAGUUUAUGGUCCCACACCUUAUGCCAUCCAAACCGAUAUCAAUGCGAUAUAUGGAUAUGUACCACUGCACCAAGGUCCAAUGACCGCUAUCACGUACCAGCCAUAUAUGGAGCAUUUCUCCCUGAUGAGCAUGAUCUCAAUGCAACUUGAGUAUUAUUUCUCGGUGGACAAUCUUUGCAAAGAUUUGUUCCUCCGGAAACACAUGGACUCGCAAGGCUUCGUUCUAUUAAGCUUUAUUGCUGGGUUCAAGCGGAUUAAGUCUCUCACGGAAGAUAUGGAGUUGCUUCGGGUUGUUUGUCGCCAACUGAAGAAUGUGGAAUAUAGACCCGCGGAAGACGGCGCAGAUCGUCUUCGCAAGCGAGAUAAAUGGGAGCAAUGGAUCAUUGCAAUGGAAUCACGCGAUCCUUCUGCCCAGAAUGAAGGGCCACCCCCACUCCCCUUGUCAUCUCAAGCUCACGAUGGGAUUAGUGAUGGUUUGAAUUUGAACUCGACGCACUUGGAGGGCCACACUGCGCCGUAUGGCAACGGAUCCCUGCAUGAAAUUUCCGGCAAUAUUAUUGCCGCCCACUACCCGUUGUCGAAUGGCGCUGUUUCCGACUCUCGCGUCCAUCACACUGUCCUAUCGUCCACUGCUCCCGAAUUCUCCCCUUCCUAUGUUCCUGUAAUGGGUGCAAUUGAAAAUACGAAUGUAGGAAAACCCAUUGUUGAUGAGAGCACUUUCCCAGACGAACAGAUUGAGAACUUGGUAAUUGUGGUGCGUAAGCCAGGGAUUUCCAGCCCGGCGCAGUCACCUUUUCUAAUUUCUUCGUCUCGUUCUUUCUCCAGCGGAUCUGUUGACGGUGACAAAACAGCGGGUGGCACAGUGAGCGCAGAAAACCGAACAUCUCUUUCGACCCGGGUGAACCAGACCAAUAUUGAUAGCCAAAUUGAUUUGCAGCCCCGCGGAAGAUCACCUUCAUUGUCCAAAAUACCCGAGACAGUCAAUACCAACAUGCCCGCGUUCUGGGUCAAAGACAGAGAUACCCCGAUUGAAUACCUCCCUACCGACCUCAUCCAUGAAUCCUACAAUAUAUUCCGAAAACAAACCCUCGAAAAACGCUCAUCCCACAUAACCAAUGAUGGGAACCUGGAUAUGGACGUUCUUUAUCAAUUCUGGUCUCAUUUCUUGGUCCGCAAUUUCAAUUCAAAAAUGUACAAUGAAUUCAAAAGUCUGGCGUUUGAUGAUUUACAUUCGAAGAAUUCGACUACGGGCCUCGACAGCAUCGUCAGAUUUUAUGAUGGAGUGCUUGCAAGCAAUAGAGUGAUGCCGGAUGCCGUCGCGCGGGACCUGGUCGCACUUGUCGAAUCUGAGUUGGUGCAGGCGAAACAAACGAGGCCUGCAUUUCAAAAGCUUCGGUCUGCGUGGCGAAAUGGCGCUUUCAACUUCAAAUCCCGGAAACGGAUUGAUGGUAUCAUUUCGGAACGACUGAGAACGGAGCUGGAGAAGUGA